AUGGUCCUGUCAUGGCGGGGCGGCCUGUCCAAAAUCACACAUCUCCGGCGAGACUCGAAUCCUAUUGGUGCAUCGGGAUGCCAAAGCCGCCGCGGUCCUGCUGGAAGGGAGGCUCUGAUUGGUCGGGGUGUGCUUACAGCUAAGUCUGUCCGUUUCGCGGUGCUGGAGACGGACGGGGGGGGCGACAGGGGAUCAUUUCCAUGGACCAUCUGUCUCGCUGGCUGCGCUCACAACAAAGAAGGACCCAGGAUGGUGUUAGUCCAUGUCGGAUAUCUGGUUCUCCCCGUCUUCGGCUCAGUUAGAAAUAGAGGAGCGCACUUCAGCAGGCAUCAGCACAGCCAUGCUACCUCCUGCCGACAUUUUCAUCUGGGCACUCCCCAGGCUCCCAUCUCAGCAGAAUUCCCUCUCGGACAUGCCGGCCAGCCCCCGCAGGCGGGCCUGGCCGCCCACCUGCCCCCUACGCACCACCCGACUCUCACUGCCCUGCCCGCACCCCCUCAGUUUCAGGACGUGCCAGGGCCUUCAUUCCUACCUCAGGCCUUACACCAGCAAUACCUCAUCCAGCAGCAGCUCAUUGAAGCGCAGCACCGCAGGAUCCUUCCCCACUCCUCCAGAAGAACCCAGGAGCGCAUUCCUCUGAAUUCUCACCGAUUGCGUUCGGGUUAUGAGUACUCCCCUCCCAUCCACGUCCCUCAGCCAAUAACGCAGCAGCCACGGUACCUGGCUGAAGGCACGGACUGGGAUCUCAGUGUUGACGCUGGCCUCCCUCAUCAGUACCAACUCCAGCAGCUUCCGCAGCACUAUCAGCAUUACCUGGCUUCCCCUCGAAUGCACCACUUCCCCAGGAACACGUCGUCUGCCCAAGUGGUUGUUCAUGAAAUCAGAAAUUAUCCAUAUCCCCAGCUGCAUCUGUUAGCACUGCAAAGUCUGACUCCCUCGAGGCAUGCCACCGCUGUGCGAGAAAGUUACGAGGAGCUGCUGCAGCUCGAGGACCGACUGGGAAGUGUCAGCAGAGGAGCUGUCCAAACAACCAUAGAGAGAUUCACCUUUCCACAUAAAUACAAGAAGAGAAAGCCUCUGCAGCUAAAGAUUGGGGAGGAAGAGGAGGAAACAGAUGUGGAUGAGAAGUGCACCAUCUGUUUGUCCAUGCUGGAAGAUGGAGAGGAUGUCAGGCGAUUGCCAUGCAUGCACCUCUUCCACCAGGGUUGCGUGGACCAGUGGUUGGCUACCAGCAGGAAGUGUCCAAUAUGCCGGGUUGACAUCGAAACACAGCUGAACCCCGACAGCUGAUGAGAUUUGACUCCUUGUGAUUCACUCAGUCUUGUGAGAUUCCUCUCUCUCUUCCAUCUCGGCUCAGCGGCCUUCCCCCACAUGCCACUGUCCAUGCGACCUGCCACCCACCCCCGACCCUCAUGCCUCCUUCUCCACUUGGUGGGUGCUUUGCCAAAUGUCUCCGGACUUCACGCGGCGCAAACCCCCCCCAAAACCCCCACUCUAAUUAAUGCUUUAUUGAGCCAAGCCAGGACUGCACGAGAGGCCACGAAAGACUCUCUUUAUAUAGAAGCACAUCCUCUUGGGACGCAAACGACACUGGAAUACAAAACCACACACUUUCUCAUGUACACAGGGUUUACUUGUAGCUUGCUGGUUGUGAGUGGGGUGUUGUUGCAGUUGUGGUGUUGUACUGUAGGUAGCCACGGGCUGUGUAGCAUGUCCUCAAAGCCAUGACUUUAUGUCUGCAGAGCGGUCACCCACCGAACUGUCUACUUUCUCUAGUUUCUCUGUCUUUUUCUUACUCUGACAUGAAUAUAAGCUUAACAGCAACUAACCGCUCUGAUGCCAUGUUUACCUAAAGAUCUCUGUGGUCGUAGUAGAGUAGCAGUAACCAAUAAGUGAUACUUGGUGGACUCUCGCCUUCUUGGGUCGAAGCACUAGCUAGUUGAGUGUUUUGAUUCCGUCAUACAGCUUUGACUUUUUGCAAUACAGUCGUACUUUAUGCUCUGGGGGGUGUCAUUUGGUUGCCCUCUUGUGCAACCGAACCCUGGUGACUGAGUGGGGGUGUCUAAAAUAGGCAUAAAGUGUUUUUAUUUUUUUUAGUUUUUUACCAAAAUGCAUUUUAUUGAGUUAGCUUGGGUCUGCACACGAGUUUUGUGUGCGCGCGCGUGCGUGUGUGUGACUAAACAAAUAUGUGUCAGUGGCAUGUUGAGUUUGCUUUAAGAGUUAAGAGGUUAAAUACUGCAGCCGCCAGAGCUCCGACAAGACACAAAACCAAAAAAAAAAAAAUAAAUAAAGGGAUGAAAUUAAAAGUUCUUAUGCACUAGGCAUGGGCUGGUAUGGUAUCAUUGUAGUUACACAGAAAAUUAUAAUAAGAAUGUAAAGAAUUAAUUGUUUUAAGACAGAAAAUAAACAAUUAUUCCAAUUGCUGCUAAAACAUUAGAACAUAUUGAAAACCAGGCAGAAUUGUAUGUAUGACAAUUGUUUUAGUUAUUUCACCUUUGAAGCACUGGGCUUCCUUUUGCUCAAUUUUACACACUUUUGGGCAUCUUAGUGAAAAGAUUGAAUGUUCAGCAGUUUUAAAACUGAAAAUAAAAAAACAAACAAACAAAAUAAAACGUGGAUACCAGAGACUGGCCCAUGCCUCUCAUGCACUGCAGAUGUAGGUGGGAGGAUGUAGUUUUCCUUCUGCCUGCAUUUUUUAUUUUAUUUUAUUUUUUUUAUCUGGAAUUGACCUGAAUGGCAAAACAAAGUGUACUGACAUGCAUGUUUCAUUGAAGUUUUUAACUGUCAGCUUGGGCAGCGUCACCUUAACCUGGAAAGGGUGACAAGAUUCCUGCGCAUGACUUAGUUAACCUGAGCUCUGACUAUCUUCUCAACACUAACAAAAAGAAAGAAAGAAAAAAAAAAAGGUCAGUCAGCGGCUGCUCCCCUGACUCGUAGCUUGUGUUCGUCCUGUCCCCCUUCGACGACGACGGGACUCUCUUGAUGUUUACCUUAUUGCCUAUGAAGAGCAAGCACAUAUGACAAUAGUUAUAGCAACAAGCUGUUUUCCUUGAACUUGCAUUCAUUGUAGAUCCAUGCAGUGUUUUAGAUGGGAGAGGAGCGUUUGUUUUUUUUACUACAUCCUGAUCCCAUGUGUUUGUGUGACAGGCCUCCCUUCGUGGUUGCUUUGCUGGUUGCUACGCUGUACUCCUAGAACACAUAGGGCGUGAGGCGACGAAGGCAGCCUCACUCUUGCAGUGCACACAGACACAAGAUGACGCCACAGCAGGAAAAAACUAAAAAAAUAAAAAUCACUUAGUUUUUUUUUUUUCUUUCUCUCCUUCACUCCCACAGAGCCAUGUUUUAAAGAUCACCUUUAGGACCCGCACCGUCCUAUGCACUGUGAUAGGAAGGGAUUAUUAGACCUUUCAGUUCCCGUCUUGUGCACUGCGAGUGUUGACACUGCCUCUUCCCAUGGUGGAGACAUCUGUGAUGAAGUUUUUAUAGUUUACACAGGGUGUUGUCAGCUGAAAUGCCUUAAGUAUUUAACAAUCAUAAUUUAUUACUAAUUGUAGAUAUUGUGGGGAUGUAUUUAAUUUUAUUGUUUUUUUGUCUUUUUUGAGAGUGACAGAAAAAGAGAGACAGAGCGACUGAAUCAUAAUUUAUUUAUUUAGAAAUAACGAAAAAAAAAAUGCUAUGAAAAAAAAACGAUUACCUCAUUUUUGCAUUGUUGGAAAUGGGAAUGCUUUGCAUGCAGUUGUACUUUUUGAACAUUCAAAAUAUAUAUAAAAAAAAAAAAAACAUUGAAAAAACUAGCCCUGCUGUUUGAUCUCCACAAGCUGGCUAUGCGAUGAUUACGGCCCCAGACUGAGCUACUGAGCCUGCUCUCUGUCUGUCUCCCAUGUGGUGCUGUGGAUCUUAGUUACAUUCCAUUCAAUGCAAUCUGUCUGAUCCCUCAUGCUGUGAUGUGGACAAACUGCAAUGAAGUGAACUAGUCUUUUAGUUUGUGUUCUGUUUUGCACUCACCUGUUUGAUAUACAUCGGAACCCUCUCACUGGCAAAAGCAAAACAAAUUUGCUUAGACAAAUUAACUGGCUUUUAUUUUGUAUGCUCUGCUUCUUACAGUGCGCUGUCUUAACGUCUUAUUGAAGCAUGUUCCUUUUUGGCCACUUUUGUAUUUGUCUUUGUCUUUGAUUCUAGCAGUCUUGGAUUCUGCUUCCAAAAAAAAAAAAAAAAAAAACACUUCAAAGACAUAAGCAUAACAAGUGCCUCGCUUUAGGUGUACUGAGAAAUUUCCAUGACACUGAAACCACCGACAACAAGCCCCCUGCCUUAUUGGUUGCAUAAAUAAUUGAAGGAGUGGAGCUAAGACACGUGAACGCCAUUCUAAUUAAAGAGACGGUUCAGAUUUUGUUUUUUGGGGUUCUGUGGAGAGAUUCAGAGCAGAUCUUAACCCUAACCUUAGCUUAACUAGCACAUAAUGUUUUGCUUAAUGCUAAUCUCUAUAGGUUAACACAAGUAUGAGGAAUAACAAUUUACUUAAAUAUUAAUUGCUGCAGAAAUACCUUUCCUGUAGCCAGCUGAUUAGCAGGCAUGCCACUCAUGGUUUGCUAGGUAAACAGUAUUGCCUUUUGAUGAGUGACAGGAGGCAGCGCUCCUUUAUUUGGCACAUCAUGGUUGACUUUCAUAACUUGGAAAGUUUUCAAAGGCAAAUUUGUCUCAGCUGUAAGUCGGGAAAUUUACACCAUCUGGCUGUAAAUAAGAGAAAAACUUUACUCAUUUAGGGACCUUUUCUAAUAUCUCAUUUGAAAGUCUUUCUGAAACCGUGACACACCGUGAUGCCUUGUAACCUCUCCAAAGAACUCCACUUCUAAAAGAAAUAUCAAAACUCUCUUUAAGAUUUUUUUAAAUCAAACUGUUCUACAGGCAUACUUGUACAGCAUUACUUUUAAAAUUUAUUUGGACUAAGAAGAGGCAUGUCACACUGUUGGGUUUUCUAAAGGCCGCAGUGUUGUUGUCGUUUUUUAAAGUUUAUUUUCCCUUCCUGUAUGUUUUCGCUCCUCUUGUUCCUUUUCACUUUCCGUCCUUCUUUUGCUCAGUCUGCUCCCUUCCUUCUCACAGUCUAAGCAAACAGACAUGGAUUACAAAGCACAACUUUUUUCUAAAAAUGCAUGUUUUCUCAGGUGCCAGUGCAGUCGCGAUGAUUUCAUAGUAUAUUGUGAAACUAUAUACAAAGAAUACAAAGAAAAAAAAAAUUAGAUUUUUUUUUUCCGUUGCUUGAUUCUGAAGAACAAACGCAAAGAGAAAAUAAGCCAAAAUGUGCCAGUGAAAGGGCUGCCGCCAUCCUCGUGUGAAGAUCUGCUGUUUAGCUGUGACUGCACAGUGUUUGGGAUAUUUUAUCUGAAAAUAGAAGUAUUUAUCAUUAAUAUUAAAGCAAUAGCGCAUUAACAGUAAUGAGUGUGCUGAUGAAGAAACGAGUGAGAAUAUUAGAGGUAAAUGUUAGAUUCACAUGUGGUGGGAUUUUGUACUUUAUUUAUUAUUAAUACUAAUAAUGACAUAAUGAUUUUAAGGUUUGCAUUGCUAAGCCCAAACUCUCUUCUUUUCUUUUUUUUAAAAAGUGUUUUAAUUUCAUUUCAUGGCUUGUAUAUUAUCCUUUUUUAUGUGCUCUUUUUGUAAUAAACUGGAUUAAACUGAAAA